AUGACGGGGUUUUACCUCUCGGGGAUUGAAAUCAAGUGGUUCGAGAACAGGCAAGAGCAGAUGGCCGGGGUGGUGUCCACGGAGCUGCUCCACAAGGAAGACUGGAUCUUCCAGAUCCUGCUGAUGCUGGCCAUGACCCCCUCCCCCCGGCGCAGGGACGUCUACACCUGCCAGGUGGAGCACAUCAGCCUGUGGGGCCCCCUCACCAUGCACUGGGAAGCACAGACUGACUCCCAGGGCACGAUGCUGGCUGGCGUCGGGGGCUCCAUGCUGGGGUUGGUUUUCAUGGGCCUGGGAUUGCUCGUCUGCCUGAGGAAUAAGAAAGGUGAAUGGCUCAGGGAUGGGGCCGGCAGCCCCAGGAAAUGAGUCCUCAGUGGGGCCAUGACCCAGGGGCACUGGAGGGUUUCACUUGAAUGUUGAUUCAUCACAAUUUACGUUAGCUUCCCCUUCAGGCUCGAAUCCAGUUUUCUAGUGACCGAGGAACUUCCUGCCCAUCUCUCAGCCCACGUCCAGGAAGUGCGGAGCCAAUCCCAGUCCCUGGCUUCCCAUACAUCUGAGUCAGACCGUUCAAAUUCUGAGCUACAGUUGUGCCCUCCUGGCCUCCCCUCCACUUCCCCUCUCCUGGAACAUCAGGUUGUUACAGACACAGAUGAAGUGUUUGCAAAUCUGUCAGUUCCUCUCUAGUCAUGGAACAAAUACACUUCCCCUUUGAAAAAUAUGGAGACCAAACUCACUUGAGAAACGCACCAGAAACUGAUAAACUCUUGACUCUGAAUUUUGAGACUUAUUUAUUGUACCCUCUAACCUGCUUCCCUUUUUGCUAAACGUGAGAAACAACG